AUGGCCUUAUCCAAGGCCGUUUCCUACCCCCGGCACAUCUCUACCAUCCUCUACUACCAUUCAGGUCGGUGGCUCUUUCCUUUGUGCCGCACUUGUGCCAAAACCCAGUUAGAGACGUCCUGUGAGCACAUGGACGAAGAGAGGGCCUGGAUGGGCACGUACACCACCCUAGAAGUCCAAGAAGCCAUGAAGCAGUGUGGCUACAUGGUGAUUCAGAUCUAUGAAGCUUGGCAUUUCGACACCUUUGACACGUCUGACCAAGAGACCCAGGAAGGAGGACUCUUUGCCUCACCUAACUUUGAAACAUCUUUCACAUUGGCAGUAGAUGAUCGUGACAUUGGUGCUGGAGCUGUCCUGUUGCAGGAAGGAUUUGCCAAUGACACCUACGAAAUUCAGAAUGAGUUUCACGAACAACUCGUAAACCGCUCCAUUCCCAUGACAUCUGGUAACUAUGGUGAGGAAAAGUAUUCCCGCUGCCAACUGUAUCUACAAACCAAUGCCUCCAAUGUUUGGUCUUCCGCAAGAAAUAUCUCAGAACCAUGUAAUGCCUGGGUGUACGAUCAAUCACAGUUCAUAUCCACGGCUUCAGAGACGAUGGAUUUUGUUUGCGAGAAAAAGGCCUACGUGAGUCAUGCCAAAAUGCUGGCUAUGUUUGGUCAUUUGGUUGGAGGUGUCAUCGUCGGACAAUUGUCAGACAUGUUUGGAAGACGACCGAUAAUAAUCACCACCAUGUUCAUAAUGGUGCUGUGCAGCAUCUGUCUGGUGUGGUCCUACUCAGCCCCUGUGGUCCUCUUCCUUGAAUUCGUCAUCCACGCCUGCAGCAUGAGCAGAUAUGUCGCAUGCUUUGUAUUUGCUCCCCACCCACCAUGGAGUGUCUACGUGGACGAUGCCACACGUCUGUGGAUCUCCAACAGACGGCACCAAGGAUACCAGGAGGGCAUGGAGAUAGUCGGCCCCUCUAAGCGAAUGUGGGCAGGUGUUGCUAUGAACCUCUUCUGGAGUGCGGGAAACAUGAUCACAGCUCUCACGGCCUAUCUCUUCAGGGACUGGAAGACUCGACAGCUGAUUGUCAGUGUCCCGGCGGUUGUCUUUGCCUAUUUAUUUUUUAUACCAGAGUCUCCAAGAUGGCUUCUGAAACAUGGCAAACGAGAAGAAGCUAAAGGGGUAGUUGCAAAUAUUGCGAAAAAGAACAAAGUACAAAUAGAUCCACAAAUACUUGAUGAGGUCGAUAUCCAAAUGGAAGAGGUGAUUCAAGAACCAUUCUGGAAUAUUUUGAAGUCAUCUGUGAUGAUGCGCCGACUGAUGAUCAUCUGCUAUAUUUGGUUUGCAGUUGGAAUGGGUUUCUAUGGCCUCACCAUGAACGUCACCAACCUUUCUGGUAGCAUCUACCUCAACUUCCUCUUGUUCAUCAUCACAGAGGCUGUUGCAUACAUUUCUUGUUUUUUCCUAAUGGAUCGCAUUGGUCGCAAGUUGCUGCUAUGUAUAUCUUUGUCGCUUACAGGAGCAGCUUGCAUUCUUCCUUUGGUUCCAGUACUAGUUUCAGAUACACCGGACAAAUUGGUCAUCAACAUCCUCGCCAUUAUCGGAAACACGUGUGCCUCUGCAGCCAUAUGUGCCGUCUUCACCGUCACAGCUGAGAUCAUGCCGACCACAUCCAGGACAUUUGGCAUGUCUCUGAGUUCCUUGUCUGGUCGAGCUGGAAGUCUAGUUUCUCCCUACAUUGUUAACUUGACGAUGUACAUAUCCGGACGUUUCAGCCAGAUUCUCCCUAUGUUGAUAUUUGGGGGUAUCAGCAUUCUGGCGGCCCUCUUGGCUCUUCUUCUCCCGGAAACGCUGUACAAGAAUCUACCGGAAACCAUCAAGGAAGCUGAGAUACUCGGAACGAACGCGUUUGACGAGGACGCUACAGGUACAUCUCCUACGCAUGUUGAGCUGAUUCCACUUGAGUCUUUGAGAGAAGACGCAGCUGAAGAUUCUCACAAUGUCCUACUUGCGUAA